AGGUAUAAUGAAUGGCUCAUAAGUUUAAUAGGAAAAUGUACAACAUAGAUCCUGGUAUGAAAAGAAGAAAAUAAACAAGAGUUCAUAAGCAAUUAGUUAAAGCCAAUUUGUAGGAUGAAAGUGAAGAAAAUUCCUUAAUUGAGGUGCAAUAGAAAGUCACAAAAAAAUAUCAAAAUUAUUUGCAAACCCUUAGAAAAAUGGGCGAUUUUGAUUGGACUGAUAUAGAAAAUACAAAUAACUCCAAAGUUAUUUAUCCAAGUAAUGCAUUUUUCUUAUAUCAAGUCCAAUUUUUGCAAGCAUCCACACUCUAAUUUAUGAUUGCAGCACUCUAUUUCAAUUGCGAUCAAGAGUAUCUCUUAUAAUGUCUGCAUGAAAUUGAGAAAAUAUUGAAGAAAAAUGAAACAAUAAUUGGGACUUAAAUAUAAGAGUAAACAUCUUUUGAUUUUAUUAGUGAUUGCAAAAAAUAGAAAAAUAAAAAAGGUUAUGAUGUGAAUGAUGAUAUCUUCAUUUUAGAAAUGAGAAACUUAGGUUAAAAAGACUUAGAUGAUUUAAUUACAAACUAAGAGUACUAUCAAUAAAUAUCAUUAGAAUUGAAUUAGAACAUAUAACAAAAUAAAAUGAAGAAACUUUACAAUAGUUUUUGAAUUUAUUACCUACAAUAAAAUAGCAUUUAAAAACAGAUUAGUAAAAUAAUCUUUUGAGGGAUAUUGCUGGACUGACAGAAACUGAAAAGUAAUAUAUAGAAAAAACGGAAAUGAAAUUCCAAGCAGAUGAAUAGAAUGUAGUUGUGUAAGAGACUGGAAAAAAAACAUAAGGAGGAGGAAUUCAUUUAUAACCAAAUUUAGAUGAUGCAUUAUGUUAAGUAUGUAAUGAUGGAGAUUAUACUGAUGAUAAUCUUAUUGUCUUUUGUUCUAAAUGCAAUAUAUCUGUACACUAAAAAUGUUAUUUAAUUGAUAUAAUACCAAAUGAAGAUUGGAUAUGUGAUGUUUGUUAAACAUUUGGACCUAAUGGACAAUAUUUAAGAUGUGCAUUAUGUCCUAAAAUAGGUGGAGCUAUGAAAGCUACAUAAAUAGAUGCAUCAUGUUUUUAGAAUUUAAAUUAAACAUAUUUUGAAUCUUAAGGAGAAACUAUGAUGAAGAAUGACUUUGUUUCUAAAUUAUGUAAUAAUUUACAUUAAAUAAAGUUUAAUAAAUUGAUGAUGAUUAAGAAUUAUAUUAUGAUUUUGGGAAAUUACCAAAUAGAGAUAUUCGUGAUUUAGAAAAUAAUAAGGAAAUUAAAGAACCAUAACCAUAAAAAGUUUGGAUUCAUUUAUCUUGUUUUUAUUGGUCUCCAGAAUGUUUUUUAGAUGAAAAAUAAGAUAUAUUGAGAGGAGUAGAUAAUAUUAAUGCCAAAAGAUUUGCUCUUAAUUGCAGCAUAUGUAAUAUAAAAAAAGCUGGAAUGUGUAUAUAAUGUGCUAGAGGUAGUUGCUCUACUUCUUUUCAUGUUGAAUGUGCUAGAAGAUCUGGAAUAUAUUUGACUCAAACUGUUAUUAAUAAUAAACCAGAUUAUUAAAUAUUCUGCUUAAAACAUGUUCCCUUAAAAGUUAAGAGAAUUCUAGAAUCUAAAUAAAGAUUAUAUGAAAGGGAAAUUAUUGAUUUCUUUAGAGCUUAUGAGAAAUGUAAAUAAGUACAUAAAAAGUCUUUUUAAAAGCCUAAAAAAAUUAAAGUUAACAAAGAUCUAAAGUAAAAAUAAGAAAAUCAGGAACAUACAGAAAAUGAGUUCGAUUUAAUAGAUUUUGCAAAUAAAUUAAAAGAUUUUAUAAAUUAGAUAACUGAUUAAUAACUUAUUGUCAAUUUAAAAUUAGAAUAGGGAUAAUAUACUAUUGAAUCAAUUUCAGGACCUGUUCUCAAACCAUAAAAAUAAUAUAAACUCACAAAUUUACCAGAAGUUUAUUAAAAUAAAGUAGAUUCAAAUGGUUUAUUAGUUACAUAAUUUUAUAAGAGUACUAUUACUGCAACUGAUGAAUUAUGGAAACAUUUUAAAUAUAGAGAUUAUGAGAAAGAUAUCACAUAUAAGAUGUAUGAGAAAUUAAGAAGAAGAGCAAGUAAAUAUAUGUAGGAAAUUAAUCCUUAAAAAAAAUAAGCUAAACUUAUAGAUAUAUUAAUGUUAAAAAAAUAUAAAAAGAAUAAUAAGGCUGAAUAAAAAAAGGAAAUUACUAUUGAAUAAGUAGGAGAUGAAUUUUUCUAAAGAGAUGAUAAUUUAUAUUGUGUAUGUAGAGGAAAAUUUAAAGAUGGAGAUCCAAUGAUUUGUUGUGAAGUAUGUGAUGAAUGGUUUCAUUUUGAUUGUUUAGAAAUGACAAUACCAUUUGAAGAAGCCUCUUAAAUUGAAUUUAAAUGUUUCUUAUGUGUUGAUGAUUUACCUUAAGAUGAAAAAGUAGCUAUUCAAAAUAUAUAAUAAAAAAUAUUUAAAGAUUCCUCUUUUAAAUUACAAAGAGAAUUAGCAGAAAAAUGUAAAUUGGAUGACUUAAGGAGAUAAAGAAUUAAGGAUAUGCAAGAAAAUAAAUUAAAAGAAUAAUAAAAUGUUGAUAUAGGCAAUCCUUAAACCCAACCAGAAGAUAAAAUUUUGAUAGAAGAAUAAUAUAUUGAAGAAAAAUAAUGUAUCUAAGAAGAAUUAAAUUUAUUUGAAAACAAUCAAUUUCAACCUAAAAAUUAGGUUUUUGAUUAAGAUUAAAUUUAAAUAGAAAUGUAAUUGGAUGCAAAUGAAAAGAACAAAAAAACGGAGGAUCAUGUUAAAACACCUAGUAAAACAGAAUCUGUGGAAGAUCAAGAUAAUAAUCAUAAAUUAGAAGUUCCAGAAACUUAAGAAAAAGUUAAUAAUAAUAAAUUUAAACAAAAAUCAAUUAGAGACUAUUUCUAAAAGUUAAAGUGAUU